AUGAGAAAGUCCACGCUAAGCCCAUUAGUAGAAGAUGACAGACUCAAUCGGAAAUUCGGACCUCCGUCCUUUCGGUGCCUUAAGGUAGCAGCGGUCAAAAAGGCGCAUGAGAGCGAGCUGAAGCAGUCGGUAUUGGUUGAUUUGACCAGACCAAGUGACGCCUUUGAGGUUAUUAAAAGUUAUGCGGUCGCCCAUCGAUCACGUCGUACGACCCUUGCGCGGCUCGCCGAGAAAUAUGGGAAUUCCUUGUACAUGAAGCCAAUUCCAGAAGGCGGUUACCAGUUAAAAUGUUCGAAUAUUCUCGAAAUUACUUGGAUCUUGGAGAACAACUGGUCACCCAUCGCCUCAUUUCAUCACCGCAUGAAAUUCGACUUGGAGUACAUAAAUGAAUCGUAUAUAAAAACAGUAGCUCAAGCACACAAACAACUGUCCAAUCCAAAGCUUGACACGGAUGAGAGGACGUUAUUGUUGGCUAAAAUCAUCAGCACAUGCUUAGAAGCCCAAGGGCAGAAUCACAGUGUACAAGAAAGCACAGAAUCCGAGUCGGAGACAGUAAGAAUAGAGAAAAGACGCAAGAGCUUAGACAAAGAACCGGAAAUGCCAGUACCAAAGAAAAAGAAAGAGGAUCGUGAAGUGAUGGCACCGCCAAAAGCACUCCCCAAGAAGCCUAAAGGAAAAGAAAAUGUAGCGGAAAAUCACAAAACAAGCAAAACAGGGAAAAGAGUGAACAGUGAAAUUGGUGAUAACAUUGAAGGAAAGAAAGCAAAGAGUAAUAUCCCUGAGAAAGUAUUAGAACCUAAGAAUAUAGUUAGUCACAAGAGAACUGCAAAUGAAACAGAAAAUACAAAGGUCAAUAAUGAUAUUAAAGAAAUGGAGCUUAAAAACAAAAAGUCUGAUAAUUUAACUAAAGACAGAGAGUUAAAAGAAACUGGUAACGAAAAUGUCAAAAAUCCUAAUAAAAUGGAGAGGGAAAAUAAUAAUAUCGCUAAACGUAGUCAGAAAGAAAUAGAAUCAAAAAGACCUGCUAACACUCAAAAUCAAAAUAAGGAAAAAGAGGGCAAACCUAAGAACUUUAACCAAGGAAAUAAAAAACCGGAAAAAGGUAAGAAAUUAAUUUCUGAUGAAUGUAACAUUCCUAAAAAAGGCGAUACUAACAGAGAAAGAUCUGGCAACACCGUGCAAUCAACAAAAUUAGCGGAUAAGUUAAAUAUGAAAACCGUCAAAGAAAAUGUACAUACAAGUACCAAAGGUAAACAAGUUUUAGAACAAACCGAAGUAAAACAUAAGACCGAUAAACCUAAAAAUAAAAAUACGCUUCAAGGUAAGGAUGAUAAUAAAAAAGAAAAAAAUGUGGCCAAGGACAAAAUUGUAUCCAAACCUGUUAAAAAUAUCGCAAAUGAUAAAGUUCAGAUGUUUAAUAAAACGAAAUCCUUAAAAGAAACCGUUGUGGAGAAACCUAAGAACAUUGAAAACCAACCAAUCAAUGGUGGCAAGGAAGCUACCACAAAACAUCAUACAUUAUCUGGAAACACAAUAAAUGCAAAAGGUUUAAAAACCCAUCAAAAUAAACCAAAAGCUUCUAUUACAAAAUCAAUGAAUAGCACGUUCAUCAAAGCUCCCAAAUUUGAUAAACGUAAUCCUAAUUUGCAGACGUCGUCGAAAAUACCGCAAACCACCAAGAAGUCGUCGAGCGCCGAGAAUAUACUGAAGAAGAAUCCUUUGAGGAUCAGUCCCAGAAAAAACCUAACAAAAUUCAACACAAUGUCAUCUCUAAACAGCAGCAUCUGGAGCAGUCGGAGCAGUACAAGAAUAGUUAACACGAAUAUACCAAGAUUAGUGAAGAAGCCCAUAUCGAAGACAAAGUCAUAA